GUUUUUAUUCAUUUGUUUUUCAGAUCUGUGCUUGAGGGCAGUUCUUAGUUGCCUGACUUAAAAAGUGUACAAGAUUUCAAGGAAGGAUCUGUUUGAAGACAUGAAAGGACAAGACAAGGAAUUUGACAACCCUGCCUACCAGGUUGAUGUGGAACAAGGCUCUUCUAUAUCUGGCCCAGUGACGUCUGAUGAGACUGAAGCAGUGAACAUUGAGCUGGUGAAUGCUGGAGACAACCGACGGGUCGGGUUUGAGUCUGAGAGCUCUGAUGGAUACUUCAUGGCUCGCAGUGUCUCUGGGGCCAAGAGUUUCUAUCCACUAACUGAUGAAGACGAUGAGAAAGUAGCCAGAAGAAGGCGAUUGUUGCUGCUGGUUCUUUUCUUUGUUGCUGUUGGUGGACUUGGUGUCUUGAUUGGCGCCAUGAUUGGAGAUGGAAGUGAAGAUGAAAAGAGCCAAGAGGGACUUGGGGCCACUUCUGGAGCCUUGGUGGCACCCAGGGAUGGCAGAGGACUGUUGCUGAAUGACAUCUGGCCUGAUGAAGAAACCCCAGAGGACAAGGACAUGGUGCGAGGUGCCUUGGAAGGAGAGUUCAUGAUAACAAAUUACAGAUUCUCCAAGAAGCUGCUUGACACAACCACACAGGGAUUCAAGUUGACCAAGAUGCUUCUUGAAGAAGCUUUGGUCAAUGGCCUGGCAGACUCAGCAAGGCUUUCUGUGGAUGAGAAGAGGCACUUUAAUGUCAAAAUCAUAGAAUUCUUUGAUGGAAGCUUUGGGUGCAAGCUGAGAAUGUCCUGGAAGGCACCAGAGGGCGCUAAACCUCUCUUCACCCCUGACCUGGUCAAGUCCUACCUGAUUUACCACUUGACACUCAACCAAGGAAUGCUUGGUCCUUAUUUGAUCCAGAAGUCUUCCAUACACUUUUCCUAUUUCAAAGAUGUCUGUGCUUCUGGCAGAGGAGAAUGUUCUCAUUGGUGUCGCUUCAGCACAAAACGCUUGGUCUUCAAAUGCAUGUGUCCCACUGACAUGCAUCUGGGUGAAGAUGGGAUAAACUGUGUCCGGGGCCCUGGUCCAGUGGACUCUGAAGACUCAGACGAGUCCCCGGCAUCAGCUGAACCCGAGCCCCAAAAUCGCCCCGAACAUUCCCAAGUCUCCAACAGCAAUGAAGUCAUCUUUUCCACUGAUGACGAUGAGGAUUAUGACGACGAGUCUGGCCUGACGCUGUAUCGUCCCGAUGGCGAAGACGAGCAAGAAGAAGCUGAAGAUAAACACAAAUCAGUCAUCACUACAUCUUUACCCGAGUUGCCGCAGAUGCCUUGGGAUUUGCCGGAAGGUGUGUCACCUGCCGACUUGGGCUUCAGCGUGCACUCGGACGAUCACGCGCACGAAGAACCAGAUGUCGCUCCUGAGCCGUCACCCGUGCUUCCGCGCGGCAAGGCCGGGAAAUCCUUUGACCCCUUGGGAUCGAUGACCAAAUCUGGUGAACCAGCACCUGAACCCGUGUCUGUGGGUGUUCCUGAGCCUGUUGGUGAACCAGCACCGAGUUCUGAACCCGAACCCGAAGCUGUGGGUUCAACUUCUGAACCUAAAGCCGAACCCAGUAAUAUUGAAAAAGUGGGUUUGCCUCAGCCUGAACCCAGUUUCAAAGAAGUGGCGGGUUCCCCUGAACCUGAACCUGUUCAAAAGCAAUCACACGAACCCGUGAAUGUAUCUCCCGAACCUCAACCCGAAUCAGAACCAUCUGCGAAGCCAGAUGCUGGGUCUCCUGAACCCAAGCCUGAACCUGUGAAUAAAGAAGCACCAGUGCUGGGAUCUCUUGAACCCAGGAACCCGCCCGAGUCUCUUCCUGAACCUGAACCCAUGUCAACCCCUGAACCCGAACCCAAGUAAGCUUUUUUUUCACAAAAGAGAUUUAAAAAGAAAGAACUGGAAAUGGUUGGUGCUCCUUUUUAUAUCAUCCUCUCAAAAUCCAUUCCAUCUUUUAUUUGUAAUUUGUCAUGUUGGGAUUCAUUGGAGCUGGUUAUGUUUUAUUUUAUCUUCCUUUGAAGAAAUGGCACAAAGACAAGGUUUAGGGUCGUUGUUUUCUGUGUGUGCUCCCAUUUUAGUGCCUUGGCUUCAUAUAGUCACUAGACUUGAAGCAAUGUUUUAUUUUUCCAGGGACUUUUUUUUUGUGUGCUAGAAAUACAUGGCAAACAUAUGGAAUCUCCAAACAAUAA